GCCCCACUCGGCAAAGUCGAUUGGCCGUCGCUCGACGGCUCCUUUCACCCCAUUGGCGCGUCCCUCCGGCCCCGCCCCCGAGCGCGGUGCCGGUCCCCGAGCGCGGCCCCGGAGCCGGGGCAUGGCCUCGCCUGGCCUCGCUGUGCGGAGGAAGAGCCACCACGGCUCUGCCCGCAAGCGGAGCCGCACCGUCACCCUGGCGCAGCCCAGUGCCGCCGCCUCGCCUGUAGAAUCCAAGAGGCCGAGCGGGGCCGGCGCGGCGGAGGCGCCGUGCAGUAACGAUAGUGAAGAUGAUCUGUUCGGUGACUAUGACAUGGAAAGCUUUUAUGGAAAGGAUUCUUUGCUGGCUCAAAUGGAUGAUGCGGAGCACAAAUACCUGCAGGAUGAGAAUAUGGAUGUUACAGCAGCUAAAGACAUACCUGGGAAUCUUCAGCCAGGAAUUCACCAGAAGAAACAAAAUAACAUUAUUACCUCAGAAACUGAGGAAGAGCAUGGUUUCCAAAUGAAUGAAAAGGACCAUGUGGAUAUCUGUCCAGAAUCAAGUGAAUCUGUUUUUGAUGAAUUGCCAUCAUCACAACUUUUGUAUUUUGAGAAAAUGGAUGAACUUUCUUCUGGUUCUAGAAUGUAUGCAGGCACAGAUAGGAGGGUUGAAUGCACAAGUUCUUCCUCAGACAAAGUCAGGAGUCCAUCAUUUUUAUGUCCUGAUGCUGAACACGAGAACAGAACUACUGACUUUUCCUCAGACUCCAAAUGUGAUUUACUUAAAACUGAAAGUCUUAAAGACCAUCUGAAAAGUGCUAUGACUGGAAAUGCCAAAGCCCAGACUCUGCAGGUCUCUAAGACCAAGCAGCUUAAAGAAGCUGUUUUAAUAGAGGAGAUUUUUGUUGCUAGUAAAACUAUUGAAUCUUCUUCUGUUGAUAUAGGCCCCUUUUAUGGAUUACCUAGUAAAGUUAAAGAUCUACUCAGACAGUUUCGAGGAAUCGAAACACUUUAUGAAUGGCAGCAUGAUUGCUUAACAUUAGAAUCUCUACAGCAAAGAAAGAAUUUAAUAUACUCGCUGCCGACCAGUGGUGGAAAAACACUUGUAGCUGAAAUAAUAAUUCUCCAAGAAUUACUCUGUAGGCAGAAAGAUGUUCUGAUGAUCCUGCCAUAUGUUGCCAUUGUCCAAGAAAAGAUUAAGGCUUUAUCAAGCUUUGGGAUAGAAUUGGGUUUCCUGGUUGAAGAAUAUGCAGGAAGUAAGGGAAGAUUUCCGCCAAUCAAGAGAAGGAUAAAAAAGUCUCUUUAUAUUGCUACUAUAGAAAAAGGACAUGCUCUAGUGAAUUCCUUGAUUGAAACAGAAAGAAUUGGUGACCUUGGUCUGGUUGUAGUAGAUGAGUUGCAUAUGCUUGGCGAGGGAAGUCGUGGGGCAACACUGGAAAUUACUCUUGCGAAAAUUCUUUAUACUAGCAAAAAUACGCAAAUCAUUGGAAUGAGUGCAACUUUAAAUAAUGUUGGAGACCUGCAGAAGUUCCUGCAAGCGGAGUACUAUACUAAUAAUUUUAGACCGGUGGAACUGAAGGAGUAUGUAAAGAUACGAGACACCAUUUAUGCAGUGGACAGCAAAACAGAAAAUGGCUUUACUUUUUCACAUUUCCUUAAUUUUAAGUAUUCCAGUAAUCUGGAGAAAGCAGAUCCUGACCACAUCAUUGCACUGGUUACUGAGGUUAUUCCUAAAUAUUCCUGCUUAAUCUUUUGUCCUACUAAAAAGAACUGUGAAAAUGUGGCUUCAAUGGUGUGCAAGUACCUCAACAAAGAAUUUAGAGUUUUCAGGGAGAAAGAGAAACAAGAUCUUAUCAAGAACCUAAAGAGUAUUGGAAAUGGAAGUAUCUGUCCUGUUCUGAAGCAAACGAUCCCUUUUGGUGUGGCCUAUCACCAUAGUGGCCUUACAAAUGAUGAAAGAAAAAGCAUAGAGGAAGCCUAUUCUGCAGGUGUCCUGUGUCUAAUUGCUUGCACAGUGACUUUAGCUGCUGGAGUGAACCUGCCAGCUAGACGGGUGAUUCUGAGAGCUCCUUAUGUUGCUAGUGACUUCCUGAAGAAGAACCAGUAUAAGCAAAUGAUUGGCAGAGCUGGUCGAGCUGGUAUUGACAGUGCUGGAGAAAGUAUUCUCAUAGUGCAAGAAAAAGACAAGCGCCUGGUUCAGGAUCUAGUUCACAGUCCUUUGGAGAACUGUUACAGCAAUCUUUUGCUGGAGCUGACCAAGGGAAUGCAGAGUCUGCUGUUAUCUUUGGUUGGACUGAAGAUAGCAGUUACCUAUGAGGAAGUCAACAAUUUUAUGCGCAAUACAUUGCUGGGUGUUCAGCAGCAGCUGCUGUCUAAAGACAAGAGCCUCUCAGAGAUAAUUAAAGAUGGGCUAGAAAGUCUAAUAGAAAAAGGACUCCUAAAAGGAAGAAUAUCUGAGAAGGACCACAAUUCCAAGUGCACGAUAACAGUUACACCGUUGGGUAAAGCUACAAUUAAAGGGUCUAUAGACUUGGCAUACUGCAAUCUUCUUUACAGAGAAUUGAAGAAAGGUUUGGAAGGGCUGGUACUUGAGAGCAAUCUUCAUGUUCUUUAUCUGGCAACUCCAUAUGAUUUGACUUCUAACUGUAGCCCAGAUUGGAUGAUAUACUUGAGACAGUUCAGUCAGCUAAGUGCAGCAGAGCAAAAAGUAGCAGAUAUUGUGGGAGUACCUGAAAGCUUUAUUACAAAAAAGGCUUCUGGUCAAGCCAUCAGAAAGAAAGUGGACAGUGCUGUGGUAAACAGGCUCUACCUGUCGUUUGUGCUUUAUACCCUCCUGAAAGAGAUGAAUGUGUGGAGUGUUUCAGAGAAAUUUAAUAUGUCCCGGGGAUAUGUGCAAAAUCUACUUAGUUCUGCUGCAUCAUUCGCCUCCUGUGUUCUACAUUUCUGUGAGGAACUAGAAGAAUUCUGGGUUUAUAAAGCCUUGCUGGCAGAACUUGCCAAGCAGUUGACAUACUGUGUUAAGACAGAACUCAUCCCUCUGAUGGAGGUAGCAGGAGUUCUAGAGGCACGAGCAAAACAGCUUUAUAAUGCAGGAUACAGAACUUUAGCGCACUUGGCUAAUGCGGAUCCAGAAACUCUGGUCAAGAUGAUUGAACACUUGCCACGACGACAAGCCAAACAAAUAAUUUCAUCUGCAAAGAUGCUGCUGAGUGAAAAAGCUGAGGCUUUACAAGAAGAAGUUGAAGAACUCCUAAAGGUGCCUACAGAUAUCCCAGCGAACUACUGAAUAACUGGUUAAAUUAAUCAUGAAUCCCCAAAUCAGGGUAUUUUUACAUUUUUAACUUGCCUGUGUAAUGCUGCUGUAAUUGUAAUAAAUAUUUAAUGUCUUUGUAUACAUCAGUUUUGUGUGAGUUCCGAGUUCAGAGUGUUUCCUGGUAAGUUUGAAGGUUUUCACUACGAACCUCUUGAGUGAUAGAUUAGAAUUAAAAGAUGUGAUCUUAAUUAGUUCUUGGUUUUAGACGUAGCCCUGAGACUGCUUUGGGGUCUGGACUGCCUGACUGGUGCUUAUUUCUGCCUAGAGCUUAUGAUCAUAGCUGAAUUAAGUACCUUUACAUUUGAAGUUCCUUGUACUCUAGGAAGUACUAAUGGAAGGAGAGAGAGAGCUGUAAUUCGUAACAAAGAAGUUGCCCCAGAGUUGUGUAAGAAAUGGUCAAUGAUUCCUAGUUUAACCCUUAUUAAAAGAUGCAAAUAUCAAAUUUGUAUUCCGUCUCUGGCAGUUCCUUCAGAGAAUUCUUUCAGGAUGCUUCUGUAGCAGUCUUCCGAAUAGAAAGUUUUAUUUUUUUAAACGUUUAUAAAUUUCUUCCUUAAAUGUGAACACUAAUAAAGAUGAAGGCUUGAAGAACUGUUCUUUGAGAAGCCAUAUCCGGUUCUGAGGCUUUGUGUGCACACCAGUCAUUCUAGUUAAGAUUUUUAAAGGUAUCUAAAGUUAGGCUUCAUGAAAGUAGUGUUUUGAAUAUGCCUGAAACUUCUUCGGUUGUGACAUAGUAAAUUCCUUGUCAAAGCUGAUAUGUAGUCUAUGCUAGAGCACUGCACAUUAAGAAAGGCUUGAAAGCUGUGACAGACUGCUGGAUGAAAUCAUGGUGCAUAUUGACAACCUGUAUAUUGACACAUUUAAAUAUGGCACUUCUAUGUGAAAUCAGAUGUCAGUAAAGGAAAAGUAAGGUAAUCCUUAGUAAAUUCUUUUUAUUCAGCUUAGGUUUAAUUGUGUUUGGAUUCUAGAGAUAAACAGGAAUGUUUUUAAGUCCACUGAGGGUGUUAGAGGUCAAAAACAUCACUGAAAGGGGCUGCAGUGAAAAGUUGAUGAAAAGCUUAGUAUUUUACUGCUUGUUUUGUUGUUGCACUAAGGAAAUCCUAGGUAGCAAAUGAACAAAUUAUUUCUAAGCCUUCAUUUGGCAGAACCAUGCCUCUAAGACCAUAAUUAUUAGACUUCAUAGUGGCUUAUGAAUUUUGGAUAGGUGAAAUAUUUUGAGUUCAUUCCAUAUUAAAUAGGGUCAAGAAUUUAAAACCAGCACUUUUCAGAAGCAGCAUGACUCAUUUCCACUUCUAGACUCAGUACCUGCAGGGGAAUCCUCUUACUGAUACUUCUGUGCCUAAGGCACAAAUAAAUGGGUUUGAAAUCAUGAGAACAUAUUAAGGUGGAUCUAAUGAGAAGGUAUAACUUGCCCUUGAGCAGAAGCAGUAUUUGUUGUGAUUUGAAGUUAUCUAAGUCUGUCUUUUGAUGCCUUGCCCUUCUAAUCAACAGAUAUUUUUGACCAAAUGAUAGGUAAUAAUAAAUUCUCUAUUGGUUUAUUUGAAUUAUCCUCAAAAGACAGAAGAUCCUCGCUCCAGCAUAAAUAUGAGUAAAUUUCUAAUAGGCUGAUGUCAUAUGCAUGUAGGAAAAUCUUAGUGAUGCCUUUAAAGACUAACCAGCUGCUCUAGAAGUUUAUUUGUGUUCAACAAUAUUCUUUGAAAGCUUGGAACAGUCUUGUUUGGUUUUGGGGGCAAAACCCAGCAAAUUACCAUAAAAUUAUUCACUGAGUACUGAGUUAUUGCUAUAACUGAUGUGGAAAUAGUCCAUUUGAGUGCUUAUGGGAAUAGUUAGCCUUUAACUACUAGCACAUUAGUGUCCAUGCUAAUUAAUUUUAUUUAAUUAAUUUUAUUUUUAUAUUGUGGAGGAGAGCUGGAAAAAUAAUUAUUCCAAUGCAUCUGUCCAUCGCUGGGUCACUGAACUCCCGUCCUCUCACUUGUACGUUAUGGUAAUAGCUGGCACUGUUGCAAGAAAAGGUUUUGAGACACAUGUUCAGGAAUUAAGUUGAUGAUUCCCUACGAGUGCUGGAGCCCCUUGGAAAAUGGUAGCAAAAACUGGUUUGAAACAAGCAGAUCGCUUCAGAUCUGCAUCAAACUGGUCUAGAAAGAGACUGAGGUUGGCAUUUAUCAUCUCUGCUUCUGAGUUUAUACAGGCUGUGCUUUGCCAGAGGGAUGAAUGUGACUCCCCCACGACUUUCUGUGCGACCUUUGGUAACACCAGAAGUAAAAUGAAUGAAAGCCCUAUGAUUUGCACUAAAACUUUUCUAUGUGUAGCUCAUCUUAUUUUUCUGAAAUCAAACUUUGAAAGCAAGACAGUACACUAUGAUUUCUUUCUUCAGUAUGGAUUCAUGUAUGAUUAAAUGCUCUUAAAAAAAAAAACUAAAAAAGCUUUCUAGCUUUCUUACGUGGGCUUUCCCCUGUAUGGAGAUAGGAGAUGGAUAAAACAGAUGCCGGUCACAGUAAUUUUACACUGCUUGCAGAUGCGCAGGUGCUUCCAUACAGUGCUGGGCUCAUAAAAUGCAGUAUAAAGUGCAGGUAUCAGAAUGGGUGUGUAUCGGUUUGGUAAAUGCCUGUUACAUGUGCUUAUGCUAAGGACGGGUUCAGGAUGUUUUGGAAGGCCAACAUCCCCCUUGGUUCAAGGGGAUGUUUACCUCCAAAAGCCUGUGUUAAAAGGGAAAAAACAACACUGAUUAUCUUAUCUAUGAAAUAACAACAGAUGCUUCAAAGCUAAGGUAGGUCGUAAAAAUAUGCUCUGUAGGAUGUUCCUGCUGAUUUCUUCAUAACCCCUGAGUGAAUUGGAUCAGAGCUAUGGUGUGUGCAAGUCUCUUCAGGUUGCAGCUAGUUCUGGCCUAACACCUUGGUGUGUAUUUCUUAUUCUUUAUGUGUGUUCACUCCACUUCCCAACUCACCUGUAUGGACCAGUUCUUAUGUUUGUGUAAUUCCCUUCCGUCCCUUCCCUGAGUCCCUAAUCCUGUACUAUCAGGAGUCCAUAACUUAAUGGAAACUCCGUAACUUAAUGGAAAUGUACAUAACUUAAUGAAAACUGUUUCUCUGGAAGGACUGGUAAGAGGGUCAGGCUUAGGUUACCGUUUAGCUGUUAAUUUUCAUUGUGUGAAAAACCCAUUGUGUUCCUGUGUUCUGGAAAGCUGCUUCCACGUGAGCUGCUCCUGCUUAGGCAGCUCUUGCUUUGUCCUUCGUUUUAAAGCUUCAUUUCAUCUCUUUCAGCAUGGUGGUCCAGCACUGAGUAUUGGUUGUAAUGAAAGCCAAAUAUUAUCACCUAAAAGCUUUGUCUUCUGAUUAGAAGGGAGGCUGAGAAUUUUCACAGUGCUCUGUUUGGUGUGCUGAGGUGCCAGAACUGGCCAGUAGCCUUGGUAGAAUGAAGCCUUUUGCUAAUGUCUGUGUACACUUCGAAGAGAAGGACUAAAAACUAGACCAAAAAUAUCAUUUGCAUCUCCAAAUAAACAGCAUGUACCUUCUGAGAGUCUCAUAACUAUCUGGUUUCAGAAAUAAAACCAGAUGGGAGUGCUGAGAGCUGUGCAGUGUGUCAGGACAAAGUCUGGCUGGGGGCCUGGGGAUGGAGUGUAAGGAUAGCUUACAAAAAUGUCUUGAUAGGCAUCUUUCUAUGUUUUUCCAGUUUCCAGGCUUUCUUGCCAUCAGCUUUGUCUUACUGUCAACUUCCUGAGGCUUCUUUGUAUAGAAACAUAGAUUAAUUACUGAUCUUAAAGGUCUUUUCCAACCUAAAUAAUCCUGUGAUUACAUGACGGGGGUCAGCUUUGUUCAUCUGCCCAAAUGCUGCCAUGUCACAAUAAUCACUUGCCUUUUGUACAAAUGACACUGCCCUUCUGAAUUCCCUUAAUAUAUACGUCAGGGCUGUACCUAUGCAUCAGUUCUUGGUUCUCGCCCAGGAACAGUGGUGGUUGGACAGCUGAAAUACACAGCUUUAUUUUCAGUUCUUCGUAUUCGUAAAGAUGUUGGAGCGUGGUACUGCUGGGAACAGCAUCGCUGGCGUGAGAGAAGCAGAACUGACUGGUGGAAGCUGCGUGAGCAAGGCAUUUGAAUACCACAAGGCAGGGGCUAGGCUUUCUAUGGAAUGAGGAACUGGGAGGAGGUGCUGCUAUGCAGCUGACUUCAAAACAAUACACAACCAGGUUUAAGUCUAGUCCUGGUUCUGACAUCUUUCCCCUGUAGCUCACAGGGCACCAUUCUAUUUCUGGCCUAGUUUUUCUGAGAGUCUAAAUACUUCUGUGUUGCUCUCCCUGGCAUGGCAAGAUCUAAAAACGUGUGAUAGGAUGUGAAAAAUGCCCAGAUAAAAGCUACCAAUUCCCAUCUGAUGUCUGUGGCUCUUCCAGCAUUACUUCCCAGCUUACAAGUUUUUGCAGCCUGCUCUGCAGGACAUAGCAGUGGCUCCACAUCUUACACAGCCCAGUCCAAGGUCAAGUUACGAAAAGCAAUCCGAAUAUUUUCUCCCAGCUCUUAGGUUGGUGCAAAAAUAAUUGCAUUUUUUUGUCAUUGUAAACUCUGAUGCUUAUUUUGCUGGAAACUUUUAUUUAAGUGUGUUCAUGUAAUAUACCAUUUUAAAGCACAAAAUUCACUCUGCUUGUUUAUGCUAAGGGUUUUAUUUUCACUUUUUAUUUUUUUUUAAACUACUCUGUCCAAUUAAAGAUGGAAAAGAGCAAUUCACGUGGUUUUGUUGUAUGAGUUCAAAAGGGGAUGUAAAGCGGCAGAUGCUGCUAGCACUAUCAACCAAGGAUCACCAUCCCCUGGGCCAAUGAGGCAAUCAUCAAAAACAUAGGUCAACAUUGGUUCCAAAACCUUUGUGAUGGAAACGAGAACCUUGAAGACGAGGAUGGUCACAAAUAUCCUUAUGCGAUGGAUGACAACCUGUUGAGGGCCAGUAUUGACACAGACGCAUGCAAAACAACUCGAGAGGUUGCAGAAGAACUACACAUUGACUAUUCAACAGUUGUUUGGCAUUUUCAUCAAACUGGAAAAUCAAAAAAACUCGACAAAUGGGUGCUGCAUCAGCUGAAUGAAAAUAAAGAAAGUCACCAUUACAAAGUCUGCUCUGCUCUGCUUUUGUGCAACAAAAACUAUUCGUUUCUUGAUCACAUUGUGAUGUGAUGAAAAAUGUGUUCCAUACAACAACCAACAGUGUUCUAUGCAGUGGCUGGACCAAGGUGCAGCACCAAAACAACUUCCCCAAACCAAAGCUGCAUCAAAAGAAAAGCUGUGGUCAGCAAGUGGAAUCAGCCACUACCAUUUCUUGAAUCCCAGUUAAAAAAUAUCACAGCAGAGAAAUAUUGCCAGGAAAUCAUCAAAUGCACCAAGAAUUGCAAUGUUUAUGUACAACAUUGGUCAAUCAAAAAAGACCAGUUCUUCUCUAUGACCAUGCCUGACCACACACCUCACAAAAGAACUCUGCUGAAACUGCAUGCACUGUGCUAUGAAGCUCUACCUCAUCAGACCUCUCUCUCACCAAUCACCACACGUUCAAGCACCUCGAGAACUUCCUGCAAGAGAAGGCUUUCCACAACCAAGCAGCAGCUUGAAGAAUUGAUCAGUUCCAUGACUCCAGGAUUCUAUGCUACCAGAAUAGACAGGCUUGUUACUCAUUUGCAAAAAAUAGGGUAGAUUCUAAAGGUUCUCAUUUCAAUUAAUACAUUUCAUUCUAAGCUGAGAUAUCCAGCUUUAAAGGUAAGAUGGUUAAAAACAGCAAUUACUUUUUGCACCAACUUAUAAAAGCACAACACCUGCUAGAUCCUUCAAUACCUAGCUCUGCACUUGGCAUCUGAAUCCAAAAUGUAGCAUGGACCAUUUGAAAUGCCUACUUUAUGCCUCUACCAUCUGAAAUAUAGCAUAGUGACCCUAAGCACCUCCAUCCAAAGAAGCAUUCCGAUGAACUUAAGUAGUGAAUUCCAACAGAAAAAAAUGGUGUGUGGGCUGCACCUCACCUGACAGCUGUUAGCAUUUUCUGUGCCUGUAGUAAUGACCUUAACCUCGUUUGCAGCAAAGAUUUGCUGUGCCUGGAGCUGCAUCCUUAGAUCCUCCAUUCAUUUGUGGGGCUGUGUACUUGCUGUGGCACUCCAGUCAUCCACUGAUAGAGAGAUUAAUUAUUCCUCUAGCAGAUAUUCUCCUCAGCCUUUCCUGUGGGCAUAGGCAGAUAAUUGGUGGUGCACCACUGAAAUAGGAAGUGUUACCCUGACUAAGAUACUGAGACAGUUGGAAAUAUCAUUGACAUUUCCUUUCCGGCAGAGUCAUGGAUGUGUUUAUCACAAACAGGGUUAAUUUGGUCUAGUUCUUCUUGUUCUGGUGGCAAAUUACUUCAUAGUACAACAAUGUAGAGCAAGUGGGAACAGGAAGGGCCAGGCAGGCGAGCGCUCAAGCCUCACUGAUUAAUGCUGUGACUUUGGUGAGCGUGGGAAGCGCUGCACUUGAGUAAAGUCACAGAUAAGGCUGGACAAUUUGCGGUGUAUUCCAGCAGCUGAUGCCUUUUGAAAACAAACUUGGUAAAAAACAUGGAUGUUUCAAGUGAAAACUGAUGCAGAUUGGAAGUGUCAUAGUGAUGUUAGGCCUAAUUGUUUAAAAACUCUGUAAAUAUUUUAAUGGUGUGUGUAUUAAGCAAUACCCUCCCAUGGCUGCCUCCCAGGGCUCUCCGGCAGAGCUGGCUAUUGCCAAAGGAGAAGGUUGCAGCUCAGACUGGACUGUGCAGGGAGAACCCAUGGGGCAGCCCCAGGAUGUGCUUGAGUCUUUUUUUGUAAAAGCAGUCCCAGGCUGUACAUUGGGUGUUGGAUAUUGUCCACAUAGUACUAGACGCAAGCAUCAAAAGACACAACCAAAUUUGCAAGAUCUUAAGUAAUGAAGCCGAAAAGACAGGCUAGAUGGUGUUUGUAGAACCAUCUGUAAGAGACAGUGAAAUGAACUAUAUAAACUGGAUUUGAUAGUAAUUAAAGCAGAUGCCGCAAUUGUUAUGACUAUUAGAUGUGAAAGUAAAAUAAGAUCUCUUAAGGAAUCAGCAAAUGAAAAAGAUAAAAAAAUAUGAACAUCUGAACAAACAAAUAUGGGAAUUAACAAAUACAUCUUCUGUCAAAUCUGUAGGCUUCCCCCUAGGUACACGUGGAAAGUGGUGUACAGGCAGCUUUGAGGUAUUAUUGGAAAUGGAACUCUUGUUCCCAACAAGAGAAAAUUACAAAACGUCUGUCGAAUACAGUGUUAUUCUCAUCUGUGGAUAUUAUACACAUCUUCACCAGCAAAUCACGUUUAUCACAUGACUAA